ACCAUAAUAAUAUCAAAAAAAAAAAACAAAACAAAAAAAAACAGAGCGGAAUUGUUUAUGACCAUGAGCACACCGGCGAAAAACAACGGAACUGGCUUAGAGGACGUGAAUAUACCUGGACAGGCGUACCUGCGCGAGGCCCUCACCUCCUGCACGGACCCCCUGAAGGCCAUCGAGAGUUUCCAGCUGGAGAAUGGGGUGUUGCUGCCGUCACUGCGGCCUAUGCUGCCGCUCCUCGACCUGCACGGUGUCCGGCGGCUGGACUUCCACACGUCACUGAUGGAGGAGCUGCGGGACAAGCUGAUCGCCCACAUCAACGAUCUGGGCCAGAAGGAGGCUCGGGAACGCGACAAGAAGCUGAAGGAGUUGCUGGUGAAGAGCUUCCCGGUGGUGCGGGUUAAGUCCCUGCGACCAGUGGUGAUGGCCAUUUUGCGGAACACCCAGCACAUCGACGACAAAUACCUAAAGAUCCUUGUCCGGGACCGUGAGCUGUACGCCGAUACGGACACGGAGGUGAAGCGACAGAUUUGGCGCGACAACCAGAGCCUGUUUGGUGACGAGGUGUCGCCGCUGCUGUCCCAGUACAUUCGCGAGAAGGAGCACAUUCUGUUCGACCACACCAACCUUAACAACCUGUUCUUCCAACCAACGCCGAAGGUGCGCCGGCAGGGCGAGGUGGUCCAGAAGCUGGCCAACAUGAUCGGGACGAGCGUGAAGCUGUACGACAUGGUGCUGCAGUUCCUCCGCACUCUCUUCCUACGCACCCGCAACGUCCACUACUGCACGCUGCGCGCCGAACUGCUGAUGGCCCUGCACGAUCUGGAGGUGCAGGAGAUCAUCUCGAUUGAUCCCUGCCACAAGUUCACCUGGUGCCUGGAUGCCUGCAUCCGCGAGAAGAACGUGGACAUCAAGCGGUCACGCGAGCUGCAGGGCUUCCUCGACAACAUCAAGCGCGGCCAGGAGCAGGUGCUGGGGGAUCUUUCCAUGACCCUGUGCGACCCCUAUGCCAUCAACUUUCUGGCCACGUCGGCCAUCAAGAUCCUCCACCACCUGAUCAACAACGAGGGCAUGCCGCGCGACAACCAGAUCCUCAUCCUUCUGCUGAGAAUGCUGGCCCUGGGGCUGAGUGCUUGGGUGAUGAUCGACUCGCAGGACUUCAAGGAGCCGAAGCUGGACUGCCAGGUGGUGACCAAGUUCCUGCCCGCCCUCAUGUCGCUGAUAGUGGACGAUCAGUGCCGCAGUCUGCACGGAAAGCUGCCACCGGACGAGCGAGAGUCCGCCUUGACCACCAUCGAGCACUCGGGCCCGGCUCCGGACGCCGUGGAGGCCUACAUCCGGGAGAGCUCCGUUGCCAGCAUCCUGGCCAUGUACUACACGCUACACACAGCCCGGCUUAAGGAUCGCGUGGGCGUCCUCCGGGUGCUGGCCAUUCUCUCCGCCUGCAAGGACGAUCGCGCCUACGAGGAUCCCUUCCUGCACUCGCUGAUCGCCCUGCUUAUUCCCAUGAGCGAGGAGUUCUCCACCGAGGACUUCUGCACGACCCUCUUCGAUGAGUUCAUCUUCGCCGGCCUGACCCGGGAGAACGUAACCUCGCGACACAUGCUCAAGCUGCUCUGGUACGUCCACAACAAGCUGCCGGCCGGACGCCUCGCCACCCUGAUGAAGGCCAUGCAGCCGACGACCGCCCACAACGAGCACAUCCACAAGCUGUACGAGACGCUGCAGGAGCGGAUCGGUGCCGGGCAGGCGGAGACGCCUGUUAUCGAGGCUCCGCCAAUCGAGUUCGAUUCGCCGCUGAAGAGCGUGCCAACGCCAGGUCCACACUAUAACGCCCAAUAGCCCGAGGCGCCGGCGGCCGCUGUCCCAGCUCCGGCACCGGCUAUAGCACCAGCUAUAGCUCCAGCGGCUGUCGUCGGAUAAUGGAUACCACCUCAAUCACAACCCCAACCAAUAUACCCAUAACGGUCGAGUUAGAGACCUUGGAGCUAGCUUUCGCUUGUAGCCCUCGUGCGCUCAGGAUAAGAAUAUAUUUUGUUUAGAAUUAAGCAUAACCACCAGGAGGAAGGAGGAGUAUCAUACACGUUAUAUAAAGGAUAGGGAUACAUAUUUACAUAUGUAUGUAUGUAAUACGGUGUAGCCAGUAAAAGGAUUUAGUAAUUGUUACGGCCCGUAUAACUACCGGCCCGGAUCUAGUACACAGUAUAGAGUACAAAUCUAAAGAUAUAUAUCGUUUGUGGGCUUUAAUCAAUUUUUUUUUUUUUGUUUUUCUUACUAUGACUAUCUCUGUAUUUUAACGGCUAUAUAUAUAUAUAUUUUACAAA